AUGGCAGACAGCAUUCAAAAGCCGGGGUUGAUCGUUAUCGCCAUCUUCCCAGCCCUCAGUACACUGGUGGUUAUAUUGAGAUUCUACUCGCGAUAUCUCAUCCGACAAUUUGGCUGGGAUGAUGGCUUAAUUAUUGUUGCAUGGUUACUCGCAGUUGGACAGGCAGCCACGGACUGGAUGUAUACAACAGUCACCUGGCAAGGAUACCACGUCUGGGACAUUCCAAAGCAAAGUCUCGACGAACAAGUCCUUGGGGAGAAAUACAACAUAGCAAACCAACUCCUCUACAAUCCCAUCCUAGCCAUCGUCAAAGCCUCUGUCAUCAUCUUCAUGGGCCGCCUCGAAGACCGUCGGCCCGUUGUCCGUUGGAACCUCCGCCUUUUAUUCUGGGUUAAUAUUGCGCUCAUGAUUGCUAUAUUUCUGGCUGACCUGUUCCAAUGCACUCCCCUGCGCUAUGCGUACGCCCACCCGGCCAUGGAUCUAGCCGCGCAAAAGGCCGCCGGGGCAGAUGAAAAUGGAAUGAAGGAUGGAGAACUAGUGAAAGGCGGAACGUGCAUCGCACAAGUCGGGUUCUUUCUCGGCUCGGCCAGCUUCACCAUCGUAACUGAUAUAUGGCUGCUAUGCAUCCCCAGCAUCAUUGUCUGGCGGCUACAGAUGCACCGUCGGAAGAAGAUUGCUAUCAUUGUGGUUUUAAGUAUGGGUGUAAUAGUCACUGCCGUUGGAAUCGCCCGUUUAGCGGUGUACGCACACAGAUACCGCCCGGAUAACCCCGAUCCCACCUACGAUAUUGGCCAUAUCACGUCCAGUAUCGAGGUGAAUGUCGCGAUAAUGACAGCAUCCGCCACGGCGUUUCCGGCCUUGCUCAGCCGCAUUGCCCCUCGGAUCUGGUCCAGCAUUGAUCGGAAUUCGGAGCGGCGCCGCCGAACAAAGCCUUCUUGGUCAGCAACGAUGGGAGGUGGAAGUGGCACCCGCAGUGGCGCUCGCCGGGGUCGAGAGCGCGCUUCUUAUAUCAUGAUGGGAAAUAUUAAAGCACACGAUGGGACUGACACUAGCCAGGAGGGUAUUAUAAGGCAGGAAACGCACUCUGCUGUAUCGCCAAAAGACGGGAUAUAA